CCCCUUGCGGUCUGUAUGCGGGGUAACGUAAACAAUUUGUUAUAAGUGAAUUGAUUAUACAAAUGGCUUCCCCCAGCUCGGGCAAGCCGGACCGCCGCUGCCGUCUCCGGCGCUGGUGCCGCAGCCGCCGCUGCCAGCUGUGGCGUCUGCUGUUACUGCCGUUCAUCCCCAUCCUCGCCCUUAUCGUGCAGACUACGCUCUCGCUGCGGAACAGCGUCACCAAUGGCAGAGAAGUCGCUGAUGUGGAAGAACAAGUAAGCAGAGCUACAGAACUGGGCAAGCUUGUGACAAGACUGCAGCAGGAGCGGUCAGAAGUGGCUUUCUUCAUCUUCACCAAUGGGAGUACUUUAAGAUCCAAUUUAUCAAUGCGUUUUACGAUGACUGACAACGCGCUGCUGCAGAUGGGCGACCUCCCGCUGCUGGCUUUCAAGAACAGACGCAAACCGGUCGACGAAGAGACGUUCAGGACAGAACUCGGAGAACUCAGGGACAGCAUAUACACGGAAAAGUCCAUGAAUAUGACAGAUGUAGUGGAGUGGUACACCAACGCUAACGCGGCGCUGCUCAACCAUCUCACUAAAGAAAUUAAGGACACAGACAGCAGUACCAUAUGGAGAUAUUUAGUUGGCUUCAAGAACAUUCUGCGCAGCAUAGAAUGCAAAGGCAUCGCGUCCGUUCUGGGAAUCAAUUACUUUGGGCGCGGUACAUUGCAACCGAGAGCACACGAAAGAUUCAUAGCACACCUGGUCCUUGGGAGAGAUCUAUUGGACAACACCUUGAACUACGUGCCUUCGCUCAUACCACUGCAUGUGGACAUCAAAGAAGACAGUCCGGAGUACAAGGAGUUGGAAAAGAAGAACCAGUUAAUCGUGGACAACAGUCUCCAGACUGGGAACCUGACUGAGGCCAUCUCUUACUUCGACCAAACGACGACUCUCUUGGACAAGCUCCGCGCCGUACAAAAACAACUACGGGGGUAUAUCAGGGAAGGAGUAACAGAGAGUUUGAGGGAGGCGCGUCGCAGCGAAGCAGUAUGCGCUGGCAUUCUGGUGCUGGUGUGUGUGGUGUCACCCAUCAUCAUUGCUCUCGUCAGGACAGCCGUCAACACUAUUCAGGUAUAUGCCACAAACUUGGCCGAGAAGGCACGAGAACUGGAAUACGAGAAGGAGUUGAGCGACUCUCUCCUCUACGAGAUGCUGCCAGCUACCGUGGCUAAACAGCUGAAGCAAACCCAGCAGGUCCCGGCAGAGUAUUUUGCCUCGGUGACUGUCUACUUCAGUGAUAUAGUCGGAUUCACUGCGAUUGCUGCCGUGUCCACUCCUUACCAGGUCAUCAGUUUCCUGAACUCAGUUUACAAGCUGUUCGACGACCGUAUCGAGUGCUACGACGUCUACAAAAUCGAAACCAUCGGUGACUCCUACAUGGUAGCCUCUGGGUUGCCCGUUAGAAACGGUAACAAACAUGCCACGGAGAUUGCUAGUAUGGCGCUAGAGCUGCUAGCGGCCACGGCACACUGCAGGCUGCCACACCGUCCCGAUCAGACGUUAUGCAUGAGAAGCGGUAUUCACUCAGGGCCGUGCGUCGCGGGGAUUGUCGGAAGCAAGAUGCCGCGCUACUGCCUCUUUGGAGACACCAUCAAUACAGCUAGUCGCAUGGAGAGUACUAGCGAGCCGAUGAAGAUUCAAAUCUCCGACGACGUGAAGAGAGCUCUGGACCGGAACGGCAGGUUCAUCACAUCCCCUCGAGGGGUAGUUGAUGUCAAGGGCAAGGGUGAGAUGGUCACGCAUUGGCUAGAGGGUCGGUCGGGCCCGUCGCCGGUCCGUCUCUCCUCGGGCCUAGAUACCAGCGCUCCCAGCUUCCUCGCCCGCAUCCAUUCCCAGCGAGGCCGGGACAACAGAUCACAUUAAUAUUAUCCAACUUGAGGCUAGAAAUGUGGUUGGCAACUGUCAAAGGUUUGCAUAGAUGGCGCCAUCAUAGCUUGCAUCUUUUUCUAUGAGAUUUGGUUUAAAGAGCUGGGCAUCAAAAAAAAACGUAAAAUUGACACAAUUCUAAGAAUUGUCAGGGCAAGCUAUGAUGGCGCCAUCUGCUUAAUACUUCGACCGACGAACCCCAUUAUGAGUCGUUUUCACAAUGAACAUCUAAAGAUGAAUUUUUGUCCUUAUUCAUAAUUAAUUACAUUAUUCAUAAUUAAUUACACGGGGAAAACAAUGUUUUUUGUGUUGAUUGUGAAUUUAGGAAUGAUUACUAUGAUUAGCCAUCAUUUGGACAUACAUACUAAAAUUUGUUUAUUAUUUUUCGUAUUGUAUAAAUGUUAUUAUUUAUUCGAGUAAAUAUAUGUGUUUGAUAUUAAUCUAAGACAUACCUAGUCAAUCAAUUCAGUCAUAAAACUCAUAAAUGUCUUUACUUUCAACAUUUUUGUAGCUGCCAGUACCUAUUUGUAACGUAAUUAUAACCAAAUUGUACCAAAUAGAUGUUUAUUAAUUUAUAAUAAAGAGAGAAGGAAAACGAGGGGAA